CUGUACACCUAGUGGACUUGAUCCAGGGGUAGGCUGAGCUCUCUGGGUUUUUUUUUGUUUGUUUGUUUGGUUUUUAACUUGAUGGUUAAUGUAAAAAAAACAAAACAAAACAAAAAAACAUGGCGUCUAUGAGGGGAUAAAACUGUUUGGUUUUUUUUUUUUAACUGUUUUGGAGCCUUCAUGUUUUCAUCAGCUGAUCAGGUUCUCAGCUGUAGGCAGCUCUUUAUCGGAGAGAGACUUGAUGCUGUUUGCGGAGGGAAAUCCGCGUCUUGUGGGCAUACUGCAACGCCGUGACGCAACUCGCACUCUCCUGCUGCAUCACUAUAAAAUAUGAAUCACCAGUGUGCCGACGAUCGGGUCCUGAUUUGGGUGUAAAUACCAUGUAAAUGGUGAGGAAGGAGGGGGGUGUGGCGCAAAGUAUCGGCCAUUCACCAAAAUCAGUACAAGCCCGGAGCUGGUGCACUCGUGCACAGGGAGCCAGGUUUGAUCGCUGUGGCGCCGUCUGUGUGCUCGGACUCCGGCUGGGUUCUCAGGCCAGCCAGCCUUCGGCAGCCAUCCCCGCCGUGCCCCGUCCCUCCGCAGGCUCCGGGCUGCAGAUAAAAGCGCUCCACGCAGGGACUCGCAUCGCGUUACGCAGCUUCAAAGCCUGGAUGCAGGGCGAGCCAGUGGCCUGGGGAUGAUGAUGCGAUGCCCACGGUGUGAUUAAAGGUACGUCAGCAUCGUGAGCCAUGGCUGUGCUGUGUGUGUCCGAGCAGAUUGUGAUGCGAGAGAAGAUUGAAUGCCUCUAAAAUCUCAAGGCCGUGAGCCCUGUGCAGGGUGAUGAUGAGCAGUCAGGGCGGCAGCAGCAGGGGAAGUGGCCAGCAUGCUGCCACUCCUCCCCCUCGUCACACCCCCGGACCCAAGCUGCAGGUCCAGCGUUCCCACUCUCGCGACACCAUCACCAUACACUUCUCUGCUCUGGGGAAAGAGGAAGACGAUGAGGAAGAGGAGCUCUUUGGGAUACCCGCUGGAUCUGUUAAAGACAAGUCUGUCCUCGAUGGUACAGGGGGGCUUCAAGGUCCAGCUUCAGCAGCUGAUGACCGGUGUGUUGCUACAGGCUUGGAAGCAAAAGAGGAACUGCUGUUUGAAUCUGCUGGUGCAGACACCCCCUUGGGACCUGCUGUUCUCCCAGUUUUAUCUACCACCUUAUCUGUGCAGCCCUCAGACCCUCAGCCACACACACACUCUCCUGCCUUGACUAUUAAUCCCACAUCCACCCUCUCCUCCAAUCCUCCUGCCAGCUCCUCCUGGCCGUCUGAACGGCUCCCGGUCAAUCCCUCGCCCGCAAGCUCCAGCUCCUCUUCACCAUGCAAGUCUGCAGCACUGUCAUCCUCCAAGCCUUUUCUUAGUCUGGUUAGGUCUUUGUCCAAUGACGUUGAGUCUCGAGAAACUGUCCCUUCACUUUCCACCGUAGCACCAACCCACGCACGUCAUCGACACUUAAUGAAGUCUUUUGUUAAGUCUCUGUCCACAGACACUUCCAAGGCUGACCAUUCGGAAGGGCCUCUUCAGCAUCAGCAAAUACAGCCAUCCCAUCGGCCUCCACCUCGCAACAUGCAACUCUUCAAACAGUUCUCCCAACCCCGUUUAUCCUCCAGUCCUGUCAUCGUCACUCAAGCAGGUGGAGACUCUAAAACAGCCCCCUCCUCCCCAAUCAUGUCUCCAGAUGGUAGGUCCUUCUUCAAAGUCCAAGAGGUGGAGGCCAAGAUAGAGGAUACCAAGCGGCGGCUAUCGGAAGUGAUGUCAGACCCUCUGCAGCUUUUUAGUAAGAUAAUGGGGGAUGAGUCUGGUACGGGGUCUGCUGGAAGUGCUGCUUAUCGUGCCAAAUCGCUGUCCUCCAGCGCGUCGGAGCUCAGCGGAGUAACGGCGGUAAAUGGACACGGAGAAGGUGGCAACAACUACAGCAUCAAAGAAGAGGAAGGGGCAGAAGGAGAAGACGAGGAAGAAACCCCCACAGCUAAGGGCCCAGAGUCAGGUUUUUUCUCUUUCCCGUCACUCGCGCCAGCCCUCACCCAGGCCUCAUCUUCUGCCCUCCACAAAUCUCCCUCUCUCACUCUGGGCCGCUGUUCAAUGUCCGCCCUGGUAGCUCGACAGGAAGACGAGGACUUCUGUGAGCUGUACAGCGAAGACUUUGAGUUAUGUACUGACACAGAGACACCGGACGGUGAUCGUUCUGGGUCCCGGCAACCCCAUACUGGUAGCACUGGUUUGUGUAGUGAGCUCGAUCCAGAGGAAGAGAGAGCCGAAGAGGAGGCCGAGACCUUACCCGUGACUGGCCUCAUUAUUUUAACACAGUUGGUGUAUUGGUAUUUGGUCCUUCCUGUGCCACCCUGUGUAUGCUCAGUAGUGCACGGGAUAAUAGCGGGGUUCGCGUUGGCCUUGCUCGUGCUUUGGCUGUCAUCCCCUCAGCCCUCCUCAUCAGCGAGCAGAAAAAGGAGGCGAAGGAUAGAGCAAUGGAAUGUGGCCCAGCUGGAUAUCAAGGAACCAGGGAUAUUCAAGGGCUGGAUGAAUGAGAUCCACAGCUAUGACCCGGAGACGUACCACGCCACCCUGACCCACUCUGUUUACGUCCGUCUAGAGGGCUCCGUCCUGCGUCUGUCCAAGCCCAACCGGAACAUCUCCCGCCGUGCCACACACAAUGAGCCUAAACCUGACGUCACUUACAUCAGCCAGAAGAUCUACGACCUAACUGACAGCAAGAUAUACCUGAUGCCUCAGAGCCUGGCUAGGAAGAGAGUUUGGAACAAGAAAUACCCCAUUUGCAUUGAGCUGGCCAAGCAGGAUGACUUCAUGUCCAAGGCCCAGGGAGAGAGGCCUGAAGUGGGGGAGGAAAAAUCGACAGUUCAGAGUGAGAAGGUGGAUAAAACGGACAAGGGCGAGAAGGCAGAAGGAUCAGCGUCAGCAGAGGAACCCAAAAAACCAACCUUUGGAGGCGGGGAUCUGACUAUCUACCUUUUCGGGAGGACAGGUCGGGAAAAGGAAGAGUGGUUCCGUAGAUUUCUUCUAGCAUCCCGAAUGAAAUCAGAGGGGAGAGGUGGCAGUCUGCCUAGCAUCUGCAAGAAUGCCUUCUUACCCUCCCACAGUCGCAGUAGCAGCAUUCAAUCUGUCGGAGGCCUGGAGGCUGACAGCAGGAGCAGCAGCCGGGGAAGCCUGGAGGAGCUGUCUCAGUCUCAGUCUCGUCACAGAGAGACCACCGCCGCUCUCUCCUGUGGCUCUACUGCAGGCUUGAAGCAGAAGAUGCUGUUGGACUAUAAUGUCUACAUGGCCAAAUACGUGAGUCCCCAGGUGCCGCCUAGAAGCCCGACUGCCACUGACAGCGCUGGGAACAGCCCGGAUAGCAGCCCCCAGACUACCAAAAAGCUGCGUAGGAGUUCAGAGGAGACUGCGGAGCCUGAGGCCUGGGUAAAUGCAUUUCUGGGAAGGAUAUUCUGGGACUUCCUGGGAGAGAAAUAUUGGGCCAAUGUAGUCUCCAAAAAGAUCCAAAUGAAGCUCAGUAAGAUCAGGCUGCCAUAUGUUAUGAAUGAGCUGACUCUGACAGAGCUAGACAUGGGCUUCUCCAUUCCUAAGAUCCUCCGUGCCUCCAAACCUUCAGUGGACCACCAAGGUUUGUGGUUUGAUCUGGAGGUCUCCUACACGGGCUCUUUCCUCAUGACGCUGGAGACCAAGAUGAACUUGGCCCGUUUGGGAAAGGAGGGCGAGGGCCUUGGAGAACAUGGGAAAGAUUGGUCAAGGCCACGGACAUACUGUCUGGCAGACAGUGACGAGGAAUCGUCUAGUGCCGGUUCAUCGGACGAGGAGGAUCCUCCAGAACUCCUCAGUGACAAACCUGUUCUGCCUGGAGGAGAGGGUUAUGUGGGAGGCCACAGACCCAGCAAGAUCAUGCGCUUUGUGGACAAGAUAGCCAAGUCGAAGUACUUCCAGAAAGCCACAGAGACGGAGUUCAUCAAGAAGAAGAUGGAGGAAGUAUCCAACACGCCCUUGUUGCUCACCGUAGAGGUGCAAGAGUGCCGCGGGACUCUGGCUGUCAACAUCCCACCUCCCCCCACAGACAGGAUAUGGUAUGGUUUUCGGAGUCCGCCUCACCUGGAGCUCAAAGCACGGCCCAAACUCGGUGAAAGGGAGGUGACGCUGGUGCAUGUAACAGAGUGGAUUGAGAAGAAACUGGAUCAGGAGUUCCAGAAAAUAUUUGUGAUGCCAAACAUGGAUGAUGUGUGGCUACCCAUAAUGCACUCUGCCAUGGAUACGCGUUCAAAUGCCAACUUGUUUACUGUGACAAAUGAUGCCUUGAAGGAUCCAGAACCCGAAUCUGAUGUCUCUGACAUGUGAAGGCACGCUGGUCGAGGUGUUCAAUGACAAGCUUUUUAUCGCCGUGCCCCCGCCCCCUCUCAGAGAUCACAGCUCCAGCAGUGGGCUCGGUCGGCUUCCUGGUAUUUUUACCCGUACUCCAGUCCUGCUGUCGCACCGGUCCAUGAAGUCCACGCUUCAAAACGAUCUGAAAUCUACUCAUAUCUGGCUACUAAAAGCAAACAGAAGAGGACAGUGACUCACAGACUGUCGACCAUUCACACAGUUUUAGUGUGACAUCAAAUAUUAUGAUUCACUCUGAUGAAAUUACUUUUUUUCGGGACAUGGUUAAACUGUUUAACAAGUGUGUGUGUGUGUGUGCGUGUCAUGGUGGAUUGACAAAUAGCCAUCCGAUCCAACCAGAGGAACCAUAAUACCUGUGAUGUACAGCUGCCCCAAACGUGAUAGUUGUACAGUGUAAACCUUUUAUGUGACGUUUCUAAUUGACUGGUUUAUUGUUACUAUAACUCUUUGAGAACUCCUGAGGCCACUAAAUGAAGAUUGUGUAUAUCUGAGCGAGCAAACACCUGACAGAAUAUUCCUUUAAAUUCGCAGGCGAUUUCGCCGAAAACCCCAGCAUCUGUGAUUACACGUUUCACAGGGAUGUCGAGACACAUUUAUCAACCACUCACACUGCUGCCUGUGCCGGCUGCCUGGCACCUAUAUGCAAACCAAUCAACGGCUCUGUGUCCAUAAAAGACACCGGGCCUGUUUAGAAUGAAGGACUGUCAUUAUGCUUUUUACCUGUGUCAUAGGACUUACAGCUAAAACGGGCUUCAGAGGGGUCGUGUGAAUUGAAGUACAUCUGCAAACGCAGCAGCAAAACAUUGCCUAGGUCUAUUGAAUGUAUACAUAGGAAUGCAGCUCCCUAGCUGUGCAAUGGAAUAGCUCAUUCACUAAAAACGUGCUUCUAAGCAACAUGGUUCAAGCGCUCUUUUCGUGUUAUUUUCAGAGUCGACAAAAAGUAAUAAUUUUCUAUUUUUUAUUGCCAAAGCAAUCUUUCAGUGUGGUUUAAAGAAAGAAACCAGAGGGUUGUAUAUGAGGUAAACAGAAAUUCAGAAGAUGGAGAAAAAUAAUCUGCAGGGAGUGAUUUUAAUGAGCAGGAGACUGAAACACUUUUAGUUUAAAUGGAAACACAUAAGCUCAGAAAUGUGUAGUUUAAAGAGCGGGGACAUCCACUCUUGCUGUUUUAUUUUAAAUCAAUAACAUACUGGAUAUUAGCCAUAUUAUUUAAUGCUCUCAGCAGACAUCCAGCUAAUGAAUGCUCCGUUUCUGUUGAAUUAUUUAUUGAUUUCCUUUUUUUAAAUGCUGUCUACUGUUGUACACAUUAAAGAAAAACAUGACAUACACUAGAACUACAGGAUCUUUGUAAUCUGCCAAGACGCCCUGCUUUACAGGUGACUUUUACUUUAUAUGUUCAGACAUGUGUGUUGGCAAGUGUAUGAGGCAGAAAGUGCCUUUAAAGUAAAUUAAACAUUCCUCCAUAGUGAGCCGCCAUGUUUCUUGCAUCAGUUGAGAAUAGGAAAAGGGGAAAAAAAGUCUUUGUGCCAUUACUGUGUCUGUUAAGACAUGCCCAUUUUGGUUUUUCACGUCUCGGUGUUGUUUAUUUGCACAAGUGAUGACAAUAUCAAACAUUGCUGUUGUGUUCAGUAAUGUCGCAGAAUGUUACGUUUCUGAUCAUUGUGGAUCAAUAAAAUCUUUUUGCUCGGAAAGAAUAUGUAUGGAU